AUGGAGCCGGCGAGCGGUUGUUUUUUGUACUACGCGUACGGCAGCAACCUGCUGCGGGAGCGGCUCCUGCUGAACAAUCCCUCGGCGGUGCUUGGCGCCGUAGCGCGCCUGCAGGAUUAUAAACUUGAAUUUGGCCAUCAUCAAGGCAGGACAAGCUCUGUCUGGCAUGGAGGUACAGCUACCAUUGUUCAGAGCCCUGGAGACGAAGUAUGGGGAAUAGUGUGGAAAAUGAACACUAGCAAUUUAAGUUCGCUGGAUAAGCAAGAGGGAGUUGAAGGUGGCAUUUAUGUCCCAAUAGAAGUCAAUGUUCACACUCAAGAAGGAAAGGUACUCACCUGUCGAAGCUACCAGAUGAAGGACUAUGUCUGUGGGCCCCCUUCUCCUCAGUACAAAAAGGUUAUCUGCAUGGGUGCAAAACAGAAUGGCUUGCCAACUGACUAUCAGAAGAAAUUAGAAGCUAUUGAAACUAAUAACUAUGCAGGGCCAGUGCCAAUAAUGGAAGAGAUUGAAGCUGCUAUUAAAGCAAAGAAAAUAAAUUCUGCAUAG